AUGGCAGACCUCGCACUAUCUAUAACGGCUGGAGAUCAUGCAUCGUACCUGAAGUACGCCUUGUCCUUGGCAACGCAAUCGCCGCCCAAACCCACAAACUACAGAGUCGGCGCUGUCCUCCUCGAUGUAGCUACCAAUGAGAUCCUGUCAACCGGCUAUACUCUGGAGCUGCCAGGAAACACACAUGCAGAACAGUGCUGCUUUGAGAAGCUGGCAUCAAAGCAUUCCAUAGAUGCAGGCCAGCUCUCCGACAUCCUCCCUGUUGAAGUUGCCCUUUACACCACCAUGGAGCCCUGUUCAUUCCGUCUGAGCGGGAACUUGCCCUGUGUCGACCGGAUUUUGAACAUCGGGGGCAAGAUCAAGACUGUCUACGUGGGCGUUCAAGAGCCCGAGAAGUUUGUGAGCGACAACUCGGGCAAGGCCAAGCUGGAGAAGGCAGGGGUCAAGUUUGUUCAUGUUGGAGGCCUGGAGGAACGCAUACUCGAGGUCGCAACCGCUGGUCACGAGAAGAGCAAUGCAUAG